AACUGACAUUUAGGCGUUUUAUGCAGCUGCUCAAGUUUUGUGCAUUUCGACUUUUCCGCCGCCGCACGAACGCGCGUCUUCUGCAGGACUACACAGGACGAGAAACUCCCCUCUCCUUCAUCAAACGGGAAAAGGGUGAAGGGGAGAACGAGAAGGAGAGAAAAGUUUUUUUUUUCUCCCCCUUCCUAAAGUUUGAGCUUUCACUUUCUGCCUUCGAGGCGGGGUUAGCGGCGAGAGCAGCAUGGAGUAGGCGCAAGGGGGGACGGCGAGCAAUUGCAAUGCUGCGACGCGGCGAACUUCCACUCAACUUCAAAACGCGAUUCAUUUCCCGCCUCUGAGAUAACUAUGUACUCUCCGUACUGCCUGACACAGGAUGAAUUCCAUCCCUUCAUCGGAGGCUCUCCUCCGCACGUCCGGGCGUUCUCCUACACCUGGUUCAACCUGCAGGCCCGCAAGCGCAAGUACUUCAAAAAGCACGAGAAGCGCAUGUCCAAGGACGAGGCGCGCCAUCAAAGAGCGAAACUCCUGGGCGAAGCCCGAGAUCAAGCAGAGUGGGCGUCGCGGCUGCUGGCCAAAUGCGCGCAUGGACAUCCGCCGAGUUCCGUGAAGACUUCGUGCUCCACCAUCACGGGAAGAAGCCGCCCGUGCUGCGUGCUGUCCAACCCACCAGAAGGGCAAGAUCCGCGCAUCGACUGUCUGAGGCAAGCCGACAAGGUCUGGCGCCUGGACCUGGUGAUGGUGAUCCUGUUCAAGGAGCCGCUGGAGAGCACAGACGGAGAGAGAUUGGUCAAGUCCCGCGAGUGCUCCAACCACAGCCUGUGCGUGCCGCACCACAUCGGAGUGUCCGUCAAGGAGCUGGACCUGUACCUGGCUUCGCCGUCCCACAUGCCAGCGUCAGCUCCAAAUAGCCUCGCGAGAGACCAGCACCCUGCAGAGGCAGCCACUCACAAUCCUGGGGCCCGUGGCAUCCUGUGCCAGAGCUCAGGGGCCUUUCUCAACCCCAAACGCACACAGUCCCCAUGUGCUGCUGUGGUUGAGGAGAGAAGAGAACAAGAGAAAGGACAGCUGGAGUCCUUUGCAAUGUGCUCUAGUUGGCACUAG